AUGAAAGAGCGUGUAGUACUCAACGUUGGUGAAUCAAAACAUUAUGUUCAAUUAACAAACAUUAUUGGUAAUGGUCGUUCUUAUUUUGUUGUUUUAAGAAGAUUGGCAGACACUGAAAAUCCAAAAGCACCAAGAUAUGAUGAUUUCAUGCCAUGGGAAAAUAUGCGUUUAUUACAUGCCGGUAAUAAGGAAGUUCAUUUACCACAUAAUAAUAUGAUGGAUUGUUUUAAACAUUUAAAGCAUCGUUUUCAUUUUGAUGCAUCCUACAAUGAUGAUAAAUCUCCAAACAGUAUGAAUAUUUAUGGCUUCAGUUUUUCAGCUAAUCCUAUCGAUGUCAAAAAUCGAACAGGUUGUUUUUCAUUCUCACAAGCAAACAAUCUUCAAUUGGAAGUAACAACAAAAACUCUAACUGAACCAUGGGUACUCGAUUUUUAUACAGCAUCCACUCAAAUCAUUCAACAAUCUGUCUAUCGUUUCGUCGUUAUCUUCUUUAUCUUCGUUAUCGUUGUCGAUGGCAUUGCCGAUUAUCAAAUCUAUAAAGAUGUUCUCAAACUUAAUACAGUAAAAAUUGGAAAGGAUUUGGAUGGAAAACAAUGUUUUAUUCAUGAGUUUGGUUCUUAUGGUGACCGUAUGGUUGGAGCAUUGGUUGGUAGUGAUCUCUUGGGUGGUUAUAAUUAUACUGUUCCUGAAAUGUUUGUUCUUUACAAAGAACUUAGAUCAACUGGUCAAUUUGCAAAAUCACCAAAUCUUUACAAAUUUUAUUGUUCAUUACUUUGGCUCUUGGUAAAUAUUCAUGAACAACUUAGUGACGAUGGUAAAAAUGGUUUCGAAUCUCAAGCGAUCAACUUACCUCUUUGCAAUUAUAUAUUGACUAUUUUAGUACCAAUUAAUAAUAUUACUUUUAUUAGUUCAUUAGAUCAAGCAUUUUAUAAAUUUCAAAAAUAA